AUGAAAACAAUAUUAAUAUUAUUAGUUUUAUAUAUAGCAAAAUCUUUAUAAUAAGAAACAUCUAAAAAUAGAUGUUUCGAACAUUUAAAAUUAUCAUCUACAGAAAUAAAUAUAAUUAACUAAAUAAAAGAUUAAAUUACUAAAAAUUAUAAAUUUUCUACUGAUUGUUUAGAAAUAUUAGUAUAAAGAGGUUUUUACAAAUCAGCAUUAGUACUUUUUGAAGAUUAUUUUUUAACAAAUAAAAUUGAUUUACAUGAAAAUAUGCAUAAGGUUAUCACUUCCUAAAAAAAGAAUUUGGACAAAUUUGUUACCUUACUUUGGAGUUCACGUUCUUAAGUAUAAUAAAUUGAACCAAUAAUGAAAUGGGCUCAAAACGAAAACUUUAUUUUUAUACAUUUAAAACUAAGUAUGAGACCUGAUUCUCCUUCAUGUGUACAUUGUAAAGUCGAAAAAUCAGAAUUUACUAAUUCAACUUUGUAUAUGAGCUCUUUUGGUAUAUUUUCUCAUUAACCAUUGAGAUUUAUUUUGAAUUUAGAUCUUUAUGGCGAAAUUAAUCCUCAAUUAUCUUCUAUAUAGGAAGAUUCUGUAGGAACUUUAGUCAUAACAAGAAUUUUUAAAUAAAAAUAAAAAAAAAUUUGGUUACGAUUAGAGAAAAUAGAAAGAAAAAAAGAUAUUCCUAUUUGGUGGUCUAUGAGAGAUUAGCAUAAAAUAGAUAUGGAUGUGUGGGAUAAAAUGAUUGAAAAUGACAGGGAAGAAAAGAAAAAAAAAAAGAAAAAAAAUGAAAAAGAAAAACUUGAUAGCGAGCAUUUAGAUAAUUAAGGUGAUGGCGAAGCACAAUAGCAAUAAAAUGAUAUUUAAGAAUAAGAUAAUGUUUAGGAAGCUAAUUAAGUUAAUGAUAAUAUUCGAAAAGAAUAGAAUAAUAAUGAAUAGUAAUUAUUAGGUAAUUAAGAAAAUAAAGAAGAAUUAUGA